AUGGUCCAGUUCAUGCAGGGACUGGGAGCCAACCCAGACUACAGGCCUGAGGUGGUGACCUAUCCCUAUGUGGACUUUGGUCUGGAGGUCAGUAAGCAGAGGCUGUUGUCUGCCCAUUUUCCCUUCCUUCCUCCCGCCGUCUCCGAGAGAGAGAGAAUCUCCUACCUCUCCUCCUGCAUCUCCUUCUCCUCCCCCCUCAUGCUACGGUCAGUAGGUGCGUUGCUGAAGUGUCUGGACAAGAGGAGAGUGGGAGUGGAGCUAGAGGACAGCAGUGUGGGAGUCCCCAUCUUACAGUUCCACACCUACACACUGAAAGACAUAGUGUACGUGGACCAGGAUACUUACAGUGUGCUGCAGAUCUUCAAGUCGGAGCUGCACCCCUCUGUGUACAAGCUGCAGUCUGGGGAGAAGGAAGGGCUCAGUCUCUAUGGGAUACUGAAUCACUGCAGGUGCAAGUUUGGCUCCAAACUGCUUCGCCAGUGGUUUCUGAGGCCUACUCGUGACCUGGCGGUGUUGAACAGGAGACAGGAAGUUGUGAGAUUCUUCUCCUGUCCACGCAACUCUGACUCCCUAAACACUUUGCAGUCCUCCCUACGCAACAUCAGGAACAUCCCGACUCUCCUACGUUCGAUGUCUCUGUCUCACACCAAAGUCUCUGACUGGCAGGGUCUCUACAAGACAGUGUAUAGUGCGGUGUGUAUCAGGGACACAGUGCGCUCCCUGCCUCAGUCCAUCCAACUCUUCCAGGAGAUCAGUGAGGGAUUCUCAGAUGACCUUUACUACAUCGCCUCGCUCAUCAGCAGAGUGGUGGACUUUGAGGGCAGUUUAGCAGAAAACCGUUUCACUGUCAAACCCAAUGUGGACCCUGCUAUAGAUGAGAAGAAGAGGAGGAUGAUGGGACUGUCUGACUUCCUGACGGACGUGGCUCGCAGAGAGCUGGAGCACCUGGACACCCGCAUCCCCUCCUGCUGCGUCAUCUACAUCCCCCUGAUAGGGUUCCUGCUCUCGGUCCCUCGGUUGACCAGCAUGGUGGAGAAAGAGGACUUUGAGAUAGAGGGCCUUGACUUCAUGUUUCUGUCUGAGGAGCGUCUGCACUACCGCAGUCAGAGAACCAAGGAGCUAGAUGACCUGCUGGGAGACUUACACUGUGACACCAAAGACAUGGAGACAGCGGUUAUGACACAGCUGCAGACCACAGUGCUGGGGAGAAGCGCCUGUCUGUACAAGGUUCUGGAUCUGAGUGCUGAGCUGGACUGUCUGAUGGCACUGAGCCAUGCCUCCCAGGAGUACGGAUACACUACCCCCACUCUGGCCAACCACCACAGAAUAACACUCAGACAGGCCAGACACCCUCUGUUGGAGUUGUGUUCUCCUAUGUUUGUGUCUAACUCCUUCCUGAGUUCUGAGACUAGUGGACGGGUCAAGAUCAUCACCGGGCCCAACUCAUCUGGCAAGAGCAUCUACCUCAAACAGGUGGGUCUGAUUGUGUUCAUGGCUCUGAUUGGUUCUGACGUGCCAGCGAAGGAGGCAGAGAUUGGUCUGGUGGACGGAAUCUUCACACGCAUGCAGAGCAGAGAAUCUGUGUCUGUAGGACUCAGCACCUUCAUGAUAGAUCUCAACCAGAUGGCUCAUGCUCUGAACCACAGCAGCGGUCACUCACUGGUCCUGAUUGAUGAGUUUGGGAAAGGAACUAACACGGUGGAUGGGCUUUCCCUUCUGGCGGCAUCUAUCUCUCAUUGGCUGAAAAGAGUUCCAGCCGAGGUUCCUCACAUUCUAUUGGCCACUAACUUCCACAGUCUGCUACAGCUGGGUCUCCUACCUUCCUCAGGCCUGCUGUCACUACUGACUCUGGAGACAGCGGUGGAUGGGGAUGAAUUGGUGUUUCUGUACCAGCUGAAGGAGGGGAUCUGUCGCUCCAGCUACGCAGCCAACAUCUCUACACUGGCAGGCCUUCCCCCCAGCCUCGUACAGAGAGGAGUGGAGGUAUCUGAACUGUACAGAACAGGAAAGACCAUUAAACGCAUCGACCGACCAUCUACAGAGGAGCAGGCAAACAAGUGUGUUAGUGUGGUGAAGAAGUUUCUGUGUGUGGACCUUGAGGACCAGAGUGUGGAUCUGCAGCGCUACAUGAAGGAGGAGCUGCUUCCCUCUGGAGGAGACCUGCUCUAACAGCAACACUGCUGUUGUCUAUCUAACAGCAACGCUACUGUUGUCUAUCUAACAGCAACGCUACUGUUGUCUAUCUAACAGCAACGCUACUGUUGUCUAUCUAACAGCAACGCUACUGUUGUCUAUCUAACAGCAACGCUACUGUUGUCUAUCUAACAGCAACGCUACUGUUGUCUAUCUAACAGCAACGCUACUGUUGUCUAUCUAACAGCAACGCUACUGUUGUCUAUCUAACAGCAACGCUACUGUUGUCUAUCUAACAGCAACGCUACUGUUGUCUAUCUAACAGCAACACUACUGUAUACCAGUACUGCUGUUGUCUGUCUAACAGCAACACUACUGUUGUCUGUCUAACAGCAACACUACUGUAUACCAGUACUGCUGUUGUCUAUCUAACAGCAACACUACUGUAUACCAGUAUGACCUCAGCUUCACUGACUGUAGGAGGAAGUUGCCCCAAGAUGCUGAUGGUUUUAGAGGGUUAAGAUGAUCCUAGAUCUGUGCCUAUGGGUCUGAGAGAUUGAUGCAUACUACUUUAGGAUUUACCAUAACACUAAAGUCAAUGGGAGAUACUGUAGUAUUCUCUAUGGAAAUAUUUCAGUUUGGAGGAGAACAUAAAAGUAAUUUUGACGUGUUUAAAAUAUCCCAACCAAGAUUGAGGACAAUGUAAAUUUGUAUUACGUUAUUCAGUUACA